AGUGUAGACAUCUAGUGACGGAAUGUGGAACCGCGCGCAUCUGUGCAAGAAAGAGCUGUCAAUAUCGCCGGCGGUAUUCACAAUACAGUCUGAUGCGGAAGGUGUAUAAAGUUAUUUCUCCAAAUAUGUGACUGUGUCGUUUAGAGAGAUGUUUUUACGGAAAGUUAGUGAAGCUGUGACUCUGUGGCGAAAAAUGUUUCAUUAAAUCUCAGACCCAAGUUUUGAAAAACGUCGAUAGUUAGAAACCAGGGAUUCUGUUCACGGUCUAGCGAAAAAUUAGUCGCUUAGACGUUAUUGUUAAACCAAAUGUCUGCCUUUCUAGAUUAUUUUCUUGACUAACAGAUUUAAUAAUGAAGCUAUCUUCGCAACAUCGUGCACUGUAUUGUUACUUAAUUCUGAGUAUAUGGAUAUUCUUGUUGAUUGCUGGUAUGUACAAAUAUAUUGGAAAUGAAGAUGGAACUGCAGCUGUGAAAUCAACAGAGAAUGAAAUUUCUCGUGGCAGUUCUGUAAAAAUUCUGAAGCCUGAUAUAAAGACGAGAAGAAUUUUUCAUCUAUGCAAUCCACCAGAAGAAAUUUCUGUUGGAUCCGAAGGUCAAGUACCAAGCAACAAUCUGUCACUGGAAGCCAUAUUGAUAUUCUUGAGGCACGGAGAUAGGGGUCCUCUCUCACAUGUUCGAAAUGUCUCAACUGUCAAUUGUGCAGUUGAUUUAUCAGGUGUUGAUCACGACCGCACAGUACGACAACUCCAGCAGCUUCUACACAAUGCAAGUUCGCCCCAAUUAAUGGGGCCAUUUCAUGGGUUUCCUCUGUUGCCCCCAUUUGGAGGGGAGUGCCAGUUGGGACAACUGACAGCUGUGGGGGCUGCACAGAUGUUAAAAAGUGGCACAAUACUAAGGCAUACAUAUGGUGAUCGCCUUGGUUUUGGAAAUGGUUCUUUAACACCAGAGGAUAUACUUGUCUACAGCACCAAAUACAGGCGAACCGUGCAGAGUACUCUGGCUUUUCUUGCGGGGCUGUUGCCACCAGAGGAUCUGCAGAAAGCUGUGCUACACGAGUCACAGUCACUAGCAUUUUGCUUCAAUGACUGUGCGUGUGCAGCAGCUGAACAGCUCCGGCGAGGUCAGACGGCAGCCGGAGUGGCACAUCUGCACUCCCACCCAGCUGUUGCACGGCUCGUCAAACAGGCAGCAGCUGUAGCCCUGGAGCGGCCACCAGGCGGGGGUACAGGGCCCGAGAAGGAGCCCGACACAGACCCUCGUCUGCUCCAAGAUGCACUUCUGACUUACGUGUGUCAUGCAGCUCCUCUACCUUGUGUUGAUGAUUCUUGCUUGCGCAUGGAACAAGUUACAGGACUGGCCGCAUACCUAGCAUGGGAGUGCCGUCAGCAGUCACAUUCUCCUCCUAUCCGUCGCUCAUCCUUACUUCGCGCCUAUGGCUUGGUGCGUGCUGUUGUAGCACAGCUUGUGCGUGUUGUGUCAGAGAGGCGGCCACGUGUGGCAGUCUUCUCAGGACAUGAUCGAACACUUGAAUACUUAGCAGGGGCAUUAGGCCUAGAAUGGCCUCAACCACGCUAUGGUGCUCGCUUUGUUAUAGAGGUAUACCGUGGUCGUGAUCGUGAGUCUCAUCAGACUCUGCCUCGUGCCCGUGAUUUCUUCCUGCGGCUGGUCGGUGAUGGGCGAGAUCUCACACCACAUACAAGUUUCUGCCGCCAAAGGCAACUCUGUCCAAUUGAGAGCAUAAUCAGAUUUCUGCAUGAGGAUUACUUUGCACCAUUUAAUGCAUCCAAUUUUAAGGAUGCAUGUAUGGGAAAGGGUUGAUCUAGUCACACAAUUUCGGUGGAGUUGCCUCAUGACAUUCUCAUCUCAGAUUGAUAUCCGAGAAUAGUACUGUACAUGACAUUUCAACAAAAACUUAUACUAUGAAUAGAUGUUGUUGUUGAUGAUGAUGAUGAUGGUUGUAGAAAAAUCUAAGAUGCAUCAUUUGUUAUUUUCCUCACUUAAGUAGAUAAACUCAAGAUAUAUUUGACAUGUAACUUUUCUCAUUUAUUCAGUAAUCAUUAUUUUGGUGUAUGUAAUUCAACUACAGUGAGGAUCCUUAAAUGAUAAUUGUAACUCACUUCACUGGUAUGGUAUACUUCAAUAUCAUAACCUAUCAGUUUUAAAUGAUUCAAGAGUAAUAAAAACAGAGCGAAUGACACAUACACAGUGUGUAACAAACUUCCCAUUUGAAAUUUAAACAAGUUAUUUUAACCUUGCUAUAUACUCAGUUUGAAAUAUGUUUCAAGAAACUUUUAAGGUACUAUCACACUUUUGUGAUUAUAAUUACCAAAUAUAUUCUGCUGUGACUACAAACUUGGGAAGUUUCGUGUGCAACAUGAUAAAAGAAUACUCAAAUUAAUUUGAUAAGAUCAGGAAGUUUUAAGUCCAUACUGUGACUUUGCCAAGCAAAUAGUGAUAUAACUGUGCUUACAUGUGUUUGAAAUACUUGGCAUUCUAUGGACUUGUGAUUUAACACAUAUCACUUCACAAAGAGGUGUUCCACUCACUAUCAUUUCCUUUCCUCAUUUAUCUAUCCAUUUGCAUGAAUGACUGAUUCUUAUUAGAAUUAUUUGUUCAGAGCAAGGUAACAGAAUUCAUAUAGUGACUAUGCUACAUUAAAUUUCAAUAGCACCCGACACAAUUUUCGUGUUUGAGAACUAUUACUAUUAAAAUGUUUCAGAUAAAGAUAUUGUUGAAUAUAAACUACUGUAUCAUUUGUGUAUACAUUGAUCUCCUAUCUGAACAGUUGUUCAGUCCAUUUUUUUUAUUGUUGACCUACAUAUCAGAUUUGUUUUUUAUUGAGACUGUUGUAGACACUCUUUUUAAUUGUUGUUGAUAUUUAAUGUUUUUGGAUAUCAGUUGGAAGCAAAUGAAAUGUAUUAACUGACAUGUUUGUGGCUGUGCUGUCCAUUCUUUUAAAUAUCAGUUAUUCACUAUAAAAAUAAAUUUCUACAUCAUGUUGUUUUUAAUGUGACACUGCCACUUAUUAGUUUGUCACUUCAUAGUCUUAUAAGAAAACUGAGUGGCAGUACUGCAUGAAGUAUAGUACUCCUUAGAUAAAGACUAUUGUUUUGUCUUUCAUUCAUUGUUCAUGGUUUCUAAGAAACCGCUGUGAUAUUAGUAAUUUAUUGUUUGUCAUUCCUCAUUUUAAUUAUUUGUCUCAUAAGACUGGAAAUUCAGAAUAGCAUAUCCAUUUUGUGUACAAGAACAAACAUUUAAGGUUUGCUGCCAAAUGUUUCUCUUUAAGAGCUGAUAAGAAUUUAUUAAGCUAAAUUGUGACAAAUGCAUAUUGCUACUAUUGUACGAAAUUAAUUAAAGUUUUUAUGAACAGUUUGCUAUUUAUGGAAGUUUUAGUACCAAAUAUUGCUAUAAAACUUCGCUGUUUCUUAAAAAUUAAUUUAGAGAAGCCAGUGAAUUUCUUGUCAAUCAUUUAGUCAGCAGUAAAACUGCUUUCUUGUACAAAUGUUAACAGUCAGUAAUAGCAGGCCACUGUUUAUAGCAUACAAUAGAAACAAACAGGAAAAGAUAAAGGAAGUAGAAAAUAUAUGACUCUUAUUUGUCUAUUUGGUACUAGCUCAGAUGGUUACAUAGGAGUAAUGUUACACAUGGUUUCUCUUUCAUAACAGCUUGUACAAUAUUUAUCUUCCACUACAAAGGGAACAAAUUGACACUUGAUUUACAGAUGGACAUGAGCUUAAACGGGGAUUCUUGAAACCGAAACCUUCUGCACAAAUUGAUAUAAUGGCAGAACAGAUGCACCUGACCUAUUGUUUUUAAUAAUGUAUGUUUUCCCCACCAUCCUGAGUUUACUUACUACUCUCAACUUACUUGUAGCGUGAAAGCUGAUCUCUCUUCCUUGUAGCUAAGUGAUGCCUAGUGUUAUUUACAUCUGAUCCUGGAUUUUACGAUAUACAGCCUACAUGUGUUUGGGAUAUUUUAACUAUACAUCUACAUAUAUUCUCAGUGAUCCAUGGUAUAGUGCAGGGCAGGGAGUAAUUCAUAACAAUAUUAAUUAUUUUCUGUGUUUCACUCACAUAUUGAGCAAAGGAAAAAAUGACUUUAUACCUCUGUAUGACCCCUAUCUCUUUUAUCUUAGCCUCAUGAUCCCUACACAUGAUAUAAAGUUGGGGCAACAGAAUUGUCACAUAGUAUUUCUUACCUACUACAUUUCCCUCAAUGUACCCAGCAAGAUUUCCUGAUGAUAUCUUCCUUCAAAAGAUUGGACAUCUCUGUUACACUUUUGAAUGAGUUGUACCAACUGUUAAGUCCCAAGCUGACAAAGACUCCAAAAGCUGGAGCAGCACUUUCGAAUCAGUUGCACAAUUUUAUUGUAUGAGAUUUUUUUUUUU